UAUGGAAUCGUCUCGGCAGGAGAACAACCAAAAGGACUGAAACAGCAAAAAUAUAUUGAAAGAACAAGUUAUAAUGAACCGAUAUAAUAGUUUAGCCCUACAGAUGUCUCAGAGUAUGGAGGUUUUUCUUGGAAGAGCUAAAUGAUGUAGUCAAGCAAGAAUAUCAGUGAAUACUCCUGCAAAAGCUCUAGUUCUGAGUUUUGACAAGACACCCAGAAAAUAUGGUUCGAUAUCUUUUCCAGCAAAUGUGAUCGAUUUUCAAUGAAUAUUUAUUCUCAAAGGGAGGAAAGAAAAGUUAGAAUAUGCUCUUCGUAAAUGUACAAGAAAGAUAAACAAGCUAACCAUUAUGUCUAUAAAUAAAAGAGAUUUUAGCUCAAAAUUAGAUGUGCAUACCUUCUUUAAAAUCCUUCCUUAUGUGCAGAAGGAAAUCAAAUUGGAUAGAUACAGAAUCAAUUAUCAAAAUCUAUCGAAAAUAAUGCUUGCAAACAGCAGUGAUUACGCCUUACACCUGUCUAGAUGAACCAUAAUCGCUAGUAAAAAGCCGCCUAAAUACACUACAAAAACCGGCCUCAGCAGCCUGACCCUCAGCACCUGCACCACAAAAACUCAACACUCCCUCCUUCCCUCUUCCCCAGAAGUAGACUUCCUCCUGACUCUCAUCUCAAAAACCCCGCUGAACCGGUCCCUCCUAGCCUUCUCAAUUUCAAGAUUUUCAAAGAAGAAAGUAGACUUUUUGCUAAAGAAGUAUGACCUCAGUCAUAUCCAAGGCUAUAGUAUUCUUUAA